AUUAACAAUAUCACAAUUUAAGUAAAUCGUUCAUUCUAGGAUAUUCAGAACCAAAGUGACUUUGUAGUCUUAAUGCAAAAACAUUUAGGAUCUGCCAUGUGUCUUUAUACAUUCCUGUCUGUGGUCGUCUGCUGUGACGCGGAAGAAAAUGGCGUCGAGUAGUGAAGUGCCGGUAGAAAUCAACCAGAGUGGCAUGUGCACAGCAGAAAAUUCGGUAUCAAAAAUGGAAUCCAUGGAAGUAACAGAAACUACCUCUGCGUCAAACAAAGAUGCAACUCCAUCAUCUUGUAGAGAAUCUGUUUCUGUGGAUGAUAUGACAUCAAGAGAUUAUUAUUUUGAUUCGUAUGCCCAUUAUGGAAUUCACGAAGAAAUGCUAAAGGAUGAAGUGCGUACAGUGACUUACCGUAACUCAAUGUACCAUAACAAACAUCUGUUCAAAGGCAAAACAGUCCUUGAUAUCGGUUGUGGAACUGGUAUACUCUCAAUGUUUGCUGCUAAAGCCGGGGCAACCAGAGUUAUUGGUAUCGAGUGUUCCAAUAUUGUUGAAUAUGCAGAAAAGAUUGUAGAAGCAAACCAAUUGUCGAAUGUCAUAACAAUACUGAAAGGAAAAGUUGAAGAAGUUUCAUUGCCUGACGGCAUUGAAAAAGUUGAUAUAAUUAUUUCUGAAUGGAUGGGUUAUUGUUUGUUUUACGAAUCAAUGUUAGAUACAGUGCUUUUUGCUAGAGAUAAAUGGCUUCGUGAAGAUGGUAUGUUAUUCCCUGACAAAGCAACUUUAUUUAUUUGUGGCAUCGAAGAUAGACAAUAUAAGGAUGAGAAGAUUAAUUGGUGGGAUGAUGUAUAUGGAUUUGAUAUGAGUAGUAUAAGGAAAGUAGCUAUUAGCGAACCUUUAGUGGAUGUUGUGGAUCCCAAGCAAGUUGUUACAAAUGCAUGUCUUAUCAAGGAAGUUGAUUUAUACACUGUAACUAAGGCUGAUUUGGAAUUUUCGUCGCCGUUCACUCUACAAGUUCGCAGAAACGACUAUGUUCAAGCACUAGUUACAUUCUUCAACAUCGAAUUCACCAAGUGCCACAAACGUAUUGGCUUUAGUACAGCACCGGAAGUACAGUAUACUCAUUGGAAACAAACUGUGUUCUACUUUGAUGAAUAUAUGACGGUCAAGAAAGGCGAAGAAAUAUAUGGUGUGUUUUCAAUGAAGCCCAAUGCAAGAAAUUACAGAGAUCUGGAUUUCAGCAUUGAACUAGACUUUAAAGGAGAAUUGUGCCAAGUACAUGAAACUAAUACUUACCGUAUGCGCUGAUGUCUAUCCGAUUAUUCAUCUUCUUCCUUUUAUUUUCAUGAUUCAUAACACUGUAAUCAAAUAGAAAUCAAGACUUUGAUUAUCUCAUUGGAUUAUAUUAGAUGAUUUAAUGAAAUUUAAUAGUACGGUACAAUGAAUGGUGUGACUUAUUUAAAUGUUUUUAUCCUUGAUUUUAAGAAGUUUAGAUGCUUCCUGCUUGAGAAUUAUUAGAACGUCCAAAACCUUGAUUAAUCUAGUUAGAAUUUACAAUAUUCAAGAGAAUAAGAUCAAUAUAUAACUUAAUCACAAACAAUGUACAUUUACAGAACAUUAUGUAAGAGCAUAUGAGAAGUAUGGGUAUUAGACAAUUCCAUGUUUUUACUUUUUUCCGUGACCACGUUACAUUACACAUUGGAAUAUUUUCUGCGAUUGUCUUAUGUGUAACUUAUAAUUUUCAAUGAUCGAAUCGUAGUAAUUUAAUACUAUAUACGGUAAAUUUAUUAAUUUGUUCAAAGGAAUAUACUACUUAUUUACCACGUUU